AAAAAAAAAAAAAAAAGUUGAAUCAUUCUUAAUAUUAGAAUAAACCUCAAUAAUCCUAACCAUAAUAAAAACAUAACAACUAUCUCACUCCAGUGUUAGGUGUAUAUAUAUACACAUCAACCUCUGGUCCUAAAAUAUAAGAUUCAACAAGAACAAAAUAACCCCCGAGAGAGAUUCAGAUUCGAGACAAAAGUCGAAAAUGAAGUUCGGCAAGGAGUUUUCGUCUCAAAUGGUACCAGAGUGGCAACAAGCUUACAUGGACUACGAUUUUCUCAAAACCCUUCUCAAAGAAAUCGUCCGGUUCAAACUCAGAACCAACAAUGCACCUACACGUGGCGGCGCCAAGAACCACCAGGGAGGAGGAGGACUAAACCGGAAAAUGACUCUUUACCGAGCGUUUAGCGGUUUAGUCUCGACUCCGGGAAGGCAAAGACGCGGUAACAACCCUCACGACGUCGAGGAAGGGGUACAGUUAACAGCUACAACGACAACAACAUCAGGGCCAGUUCUUGUGAACAACACAGGGGACCGCGGCUACGAGACGACGUUUCUGAUGGCGGCGGAGGAAGGAGGAGAGUACGAGCUGGUGUUUUUCCGGAGACUAGACGACGAGUUCAAUAAAGUGAAUAAGUUUUACAAAGAGAAAGUUGAUGAAGUGUUGAAAGAAGCGGUGGUGCUUAAUAAACAGAUGGACGCUUUGAUCGCGUUUCGUGUUAAAGUUGAGAAUCCAGAAGGGUGGGGAUGGGAUGAUCGAGCGGUGGAGAUCACUCGCUUGGCCUCUGAUAUAGCUACUUCCGCGGCGGCUUUAUCAGCUUCUACUCCCGCCGGAGCUAAAUCAAUGAAAGUUCGAAGCCAAGCUCAUAUGGAGGCAAUACAUGAAGGAGGGUCGAGCAAAGCUGGUCAAUUAGAAGAUGAUGACGAAGAAGAAGAAGAAGCGCAAGCAGAAAUUGUAGCUUCAGUGUCUACAGGAGCUAGUGACGUGAACACGACCAGGAUGAGAGCGGGGAGACCAGCUCCGUUAGAUAUACUAGAUCGAGUGACGAUCAACAAUACCAAAGAGACGCCUCGCUCCACCAUCAAAAGAGUUCUCCAGGUAUCGAAGCAGACCGAUUUGAAAUUCAGCAGAGAAAACCUUAUGAAAGUCGAGGAGAAACUGAGGAGCGCUUUCAUCGUGUUUUAUCAGAAGCUUAGGCUUCUCAAGAGCUACAGCUUUUUGAAUGUAUUGGCGUUCUCUAAGAUAUUGAAGAAGUAUGAUAAGAUUACUUCGAGGGAUGCAACGAAGCCUUACAUGAAAGUGGUUGAUAGUUCAUACCUGGGAAGCUCUGAUGAAGUUGUGCGACUCAUGGAGCGUGUUGAAGCUACAUUCAUAAAGCAUUUUGCAAAUGCUAAUCGAACUAAAGGAAUGAACAUUUUACGGCCUAUGGCUAAACGAGAGAGACAUAGACUUACUUUCUCCACAGGUUUCUCGGCUGGAUGCGUUUUCUCUCUUAUAGUAGCUCUUGCCGCUAUCAUUCGCACCCGAAAUCUCUUGCAAGAGGAAGGCCAAAAACAAUACAUGAAUACUAUGUUCCCUCUUUAUAGCUUUUUCGGGUUUAUCGUGCUGCACAUAAUAAUGUAUGCUGCUAAUAUAUACUACUGGAGGCGAUACAAAGUAAACUAUUCCUUCAUAUUUGGGUUCAAGCAAGGAACUGAACUUGGUUAUAGACAAGUCCUGCUUGUGGGUUUCAGCAUUGGCGUCUUUGCAUUGCUUUGUGUUCUUGCCAAUCUUGACAUGGAGGCAAAUCCCAAAACCAAAGACUAUAAAACAUUCACCGAACUUCUUCCUCUCUUCCUACUUCUUGCCAUGUUUGUGGUUCUAGUCCUGCCAUUCAACUUCUUUUACCGCUCGAGUCGCUUUUUCUUCCUCACUUGUCUGUUUCAUUGUCUAGCCGCUCCUCUUUACAAGGUAACACUGCCUGAUUUCUUCUUGGGAGAUCAAUUAACUAGCCAAGUUCAAGCUCUUAGAAGCAUCGAGUUCUACAUCUGUUACUAUGGUUGGGGAGACUUCAAACACAGACAGAACACUUGUAACAAAUCUGGUGUGUACAACACUUUCUUAUUCAUUGUUGCUGUCAUCCCUUACGCCUCUCGCCUCCUUCAGUGCCUGAGACGUCUGUUUGAAGAGAAAAACUCAGAACAAGGAUGGAACGGACUCAAGUACUUCUUGACUAUAGUGGCGGUUUGCUUGAGAACUGCUUGCAGUAUCCAAAAAGGUCAAAUCCUUUGGAAGGUUUUCGCUGCGAUCUUCUCAGCUGCAGCUGCCAUAUUCAGUACUUACUGGGACUUUGUCCAUGAUUGGGGCCUUCUUAACCGGUCAUCUGAAAACCGCUGGCUUCGGGACAAACUCCUUGUUCCUCAAAAGAAUGUAUACUUCAUUGCAAUGAUAUUGAAUGUCCUUUUGAGAUUUGCAUGGAUCCAAACGGUUAUGGAUUUCAACUUCACCUUCAUGCAUACACAGACGAUGGUUGCUGUUGUUGCUAGUCUUGAGAUCAUUCGUCGUGGUAUAUGGAAUUUCUUCAGAUUAGAGAAUGAGCAUCUGAAUAAUGUCGGGAAAUAUCGAGCCUUUAAGUCUGUUCCAUUACCGUUCACCUACGGUGAAAAUGGAGAUAAAGACGAUUAA